AUGCCGGAACGUAUCCUCAUCAUCGGGGCAGGAUUCGCCGGUCUAUGGAGCGCCCUGUCCGCACAGCGCCUCAUCCAGCUCCGCAACAAGCAAAACGACGUGCACGUCGUCGUCAUCGCCCCCAAGCCGUCCCUGGUAGUGCGGCCGCGACUCUAUGAAGCCAACCCGUCCGCCAUGGCGCACGACAUUGCGCCGCUGCUGCACGCCACGGGCAUCCAGUUCCUCGAGGGCAUCGUGCACGCCAUCGACCCGUCCAGCAGCACCAUCACCUACGCCUCUGACACGGCCGGCGUCGCCACAGCCACCCUCAGCUACGACCGGCUGGUGCUGGCCGCCGGCAGCUCCGUCGUCCGGCCCGAGGGCGUGCAGGGGCUCUCCGCGCACGCGUUUGACAUUGACUCGCUGGCGUCCGCCGCAACGCUCGACGCCCACCUCAAGUCCCUCGCGAGCUUGCCGCCAAGCGCCGCCCGCGACACCGUCGUCGUGUGCGGCGCCGGCUUCACCGGCAUCGAGCUCGCCACGGAGCUGCCCGCGCGGCUCGGCCGCCACAUGCGCAUCAUCCUCGUCGACCCCUCCGACGCGGUCGGCGCGCAGCUCGGCGCGGGUCCGCGGCCGGCCAUCGCCGCGGCCCUCGCGGCGCUCCGCGACAGGGACGCGCUGGGCCGGGUGCGCGUCGACGCCACGCUGCGGGUGCCGUCGGCGCGGGCGGUUUUCGUCACCGGCGACGCCGCGCACGCUGUUGCGGACCCGGCGGCCGGCCAGGCGGCGCUGAUGUGCUGCCAGCACGCGCUGCUGCUGGGCCGCGUCGCGGGGCACAAUGCGGCGGCGGGACUUGUGGGCGCGCCGCUGGUGGACUACGCGCAGGCGGCGUACAACUGCUGCCUCGAUCUGGGCGGGCACGGCGCGGUCAUCUGCCGAGGCUGGCAGAGGGAUGUCAUGCUCGAGGGGGACAUGGCCAAGAGGGUGAAGCAGUAUAUUAACGGGACACUCAUCUAUCCUCCGACGGAUGCCGCGGAAGCGCUCGCGGCGGCGGACCCUGGUUUGUAUGGGGAUUCGGACGAGCUGUUUAGACAGAUGAUUGAGACGACUAAAGGAGCAGCGUAG